GCGGCUCGCUAUUGGCUGCGAGGAGGGGAAAUCACAGAAACGAUACACUGAAAGCCUGGCGGUGUCUGGACUGCAGAAGGGAGGGGACUUUCAGCUGGAAACUGCCGACUGCAGAGCCCGGCUCUACGACCUGUGUCCCGGCGACUCUGAUCUCAGCCCAGGGGGGUCUGUUUAAAGCUUCAUGCCGGAUGUUGAAGUCCAUCAAUCUAUUUCACAAAGCAGAUAGAAGAUUACUUUGAAUUGAUACUAAGGAUCAAAACUUAUUUGAAAAGAAAAUGAACAGGUUUUUAAAAAGAGCAGGAAGAGAGCUGGAGAAAGUUGGAAAAGAAAACAUCCUCCAAAACAUUGAUCACAAUAAAAUUAACAGGGAAGUAAAGCGGGUUUUAAAGCAGGACAAGACCGUGAGGGAGCUUACAGGGAGUGCUGAACCACUGGAUGUUGACCAUGAUGCUGACCAAAGCAUAGGAAGGAAACUGGAGGUUCUUGGAAAGCAACAUCUAGGAACCUUACUUAAAAAUGCUUUGGAAGAAGUGGAAGAGACCAAUCUUCCUGGUGGGGCAAGUGAGCAGGGUGAACCUACCACAACCAACACACUUGCUGCAGAAACUCAAAAUGAAGAAAAAACGGGUGAACUAAAAGAAAAGCUUCAAAAUGUAUUUCAGCAAGGAAAAGUCCCAUUUUAUGUCAGGACGCUGACUCUUUGUGGCUACAGGAGUGCAGGAAAAACCACCUUGCUCCGCAGAUUACUAAAUGAGCCCUUCCGGGAGGAUGAGCCUAUAACAGAUGGAAUACGGAUUGGACAAAUCAAUAUUAAAAACUGGGAAGAAAAGAUAGAUAAUCCAAGUGAUGAUUUAACAACUGCAAUUGCAACUUGUGUUUUAAAUACCGACAAACAACCUCUAGAAGGAACACCUGAAGAUCAAGAGGAGAGCAGCUCUCACUUAAAUGAAGAACCAAAAGACAUCACUGAAGAUCCUGUAAUGGAUGAACACUUUACCAAUGAAAUACUGAUGAAGCUGCAAGAAAGCAGUGAAUGCUCCGAUGGGUUUUCAGUAUUUAGAUAUUAUGACUUUGGAGGUCACGUUGAAUACCAGCAGAUGCACAUGCCUUUUUUACCUCAGAACGCUGUCUACCUGUUGGUUGUUAACUUAAACCUGGGAUUGAAUGACAAACUACCAGCAAAGGAAAGGCCACUUCGAGGACAAAAAGUAAUGGACACCUGUGGAUACACUGUGAAAGAUUAUUUGGACUACUGGAUCAGGUGCAUUUCCUCACUCUCCAGAGACCAUAAGGAUACUUAUCGUGUCAUUCUGGUUGGGACUUUUGCCAAAAGCUGCAGCAAUGCUGAAGAGACCUUGAGCAAUAUUUACAGCUACCUUCAAAAUUACUUGUCAGCUGCUUCACUUUAUGCUGAGAAAUUUGCUGUUGACAACUCUGUCGAUGAUGAUCAGGGAGUGGGGUACACGGAGCUACGUUUGGCAAUUGAGAGCCUGUCAAGGGAAGUUGCAUUUGAGGACAACAUUGUUUUGUGCAAUGCAAAGUUGUAUUAUCACAUUCUGAACUGCAGUGAGAAAUAUCUGCUGUGUUCAGACAAGUACUUGUCGUGGUAUGACACCAUGGGAAGUCCCCAAGGUACAGAUGUGAGCAAUGCUCACAAGAAGCUUCAAGUGCAGGCAGCACUGCAAGUCUUGAACUGUAUGAAGUUUGCUUAUUUUUCUGAGCCAGUCUUGGUCUUGGAUCCUCAGUGGCUUAUUGACCUCAUGGCUGCGUUGAUUCCAAUCAAUUGUGCCCCACCACUGAAGAUACAAACUGCACCAUUUCCAAUCCAAAGUCAGUGGAUGAAACUUGUCAACAGUGGAAAAUUUUCAGAAAGCCUCUUGGAUUAUAUUUGGCCGAAUGAAACAUUAAAGCUUAAGGAUGAACUGCUUGAAAUCUUGAAGAGCCUGAAUUUAGUUGUGUUGUCAGAUCCAGCAUCCAAGUGUUACCAUCUAUGGUUCAAACGCAAACAGAGGGAGGUCUUUCUGUGUCUGUACGAAAACCAAGCUAUGGGCUUCUUCCAGAAAGAUAUUUUUAACGAAUUGAUACCAAUGUUUCAAAAGGAAUGGCCCUAUAUUGAAUCCCUGGAUGCUACAUUUGUUCAACUUGAAAAGAAAAAGAAUGCCGAUUACAAAAUACAUCUGGAAUUAAGAAACGACAGAGUGUUACUUGUGAAUAAAAAUGAGUUUGAACAUGAUGAUUUUGUGUACAAAGUUGGUUCUAUUGUGGAAUGUAUGCAGAAGAGGUACCCUACACUCUGUCUGUUUGUGGAUGGCAAACCGUACAAAGCGGUUGAACUGUUCCUUCAGGUCAGAAAGAGCAUAAAGAAAAAUGCAGAUGUGGUGAACAUAGUGAAGGUCUUUAUGGAAGACAAGCCGGAAAGACAAAAGGACAUCUUUUUCAGAGACCAGUCAAUUGACAUCAGGUUUGAUACAACCACAGAAGAUAUGGUGCAUAUGAUUCAAGAAAGAAUGCUGAUAAAAACUCUGGCAGAACUCAAUUGGUUCCAUGGGCCUGAUGCAGAAGAAAUUUGUAGGAAAAAGUUAGAACUUCUACCUGAGGCUUGCUGCUUUCCUAAAGGAGCACAGUUGGUAAAGGACUUGUGCGAACUGCUAAGAAAAUUGCACAACAAUUGCACUGAGACCAGGAGAAGCAUCCUUGAUGAAGUUGGAGAAAUCCUGAAGUGCUGCGUCAUCCAGUGCAUGUUAGACACAACAGAUCGACCUGUGGACCACAGUGAAAUCUCCUCCCUGGACGCCUUUCAACUGUUCAAGAAAGCCCAGCCCGGAGUUCCAGAAAGUGCCAUAAGGGACAUAAAGCAGCUGCAAAACUUAUCAACGUCAGACGAGUGCAGCAUGUCUGAGGAUUUUAUAGAGAAACUGACAAUAAGCAUACACCGUCUGUUCUGGAUCACAAACCUGGUCUUUGUCAAGUGUGUCGAUGAAAAAAACUCUCAAGAAAGAUGUUUGGAGGAGAAAAUCAGUAACCUGUACUUUAAAACUUAUCAACAAUACGUUGAACGUAAAAAAGAGCUUGAUAUGUUGAGGAACCAACUAGACAACUUGACAACAGCAAUAAACACAAACCCAAAAGUCACAUCCUGCAGAGAUUGGUUACACAAGAACUUCAGUAAAUUUGUUCAAACAAUGGGGGAAGGCGUUCACAAACCUCUGCUGGAUAAGCUUUAUGAGAAACAUCUGAAUGAAGAGGAAAUAAGCAACAUAUCAUCCAAUAAAACUAGACAAGAAAGGAACCGGGAAUUACUGAGGCUAAUGAUCAACAAAGGUGAAGAGACUUGCAAACUUUUCCUUCACAUCUUCUGCUCUGAGGACCCUUCUAAUGAAAUAACUAGAAAGCUAAGUGACAUCCUUCUAAUACGCAAGCAACCAGACCAGCACACAGUAUUCCAAGUACAGAUUCAAGAAUUUGGACAAUAAUCUUCUUUUGAUUCUAUUCCACUAAUCCAAAGUGAAAUAAAUCUGGGGCUCCCUGUGGAAGAAAUGGAUUCUAUAAGACUGUAGCAUUUGGAAUAUAGACUAAGUAAUCUGAAAUUUAUUCAGACCUGAUAGGAUCAAUGAGUUAAACUUCAAAUAUGAACUAAGCAGAAUUCUGAAAACAUUUCAUACAAUUACAUUCAUGCAUACUUGACUGUUAUUUUAAACAAAUGGAAAAGAAAUUAUUUUUCUAAUAUACUGAGUAUUAAUAAUCUAAGUCUUUGUUAACAACCCAGGGGGCAUUAUUUUAUCAAGUUUUGUAGCAAUUGAUAUGAGCUUGCACUCAUCUGUAAAAUUGAUCUCGGAUAUUGUAUGUAGUAAAAUUCCUGUAUAGAUUUUGUAUUUUGUUUAUUUCCAGAACUUUGCAAUGUAAGUUAUUAAAAAUUGAAAGACUUGCAUUUCUAUGGAGCUAUUCACCAACUCCAGACAUGCUGAUGUGUUUUGCAGCCAAUGAAGUAAUAUGUCUAGCCAAUACUCCAGUUGUAACUCAUUCAAAAGGGAGACUUACUAGAAAUGUGUUUCCUGUUGCUAAAUAGUUGCAAAAUGAAGUGGCGUAUUAUUUAAUUUGAAUCUGUAAAAGCAGUAUAAAUGGUAUGAUUGUUGUAAAAACAGAUUAUAAUUGGAUUGGAUACUGUAAUGAGUUCAUAUAUUGCUUUUAACUUUCGAUGGACAGCAACCCCACACAACCUAAGGUCGUUGUAAAUUGAAUUUUAUUUUGGGUAGUAAGACAAUGGUCGAUUUGCCUUUGGGUUUAUCAUGCCUGCCAAUGAAAUUCUAUUCUUUUACCUUUUGAAAGUGUCCCAAAAUGCUGGAUGAAAAAUUCCCUUGCCUGCUUUUCAGAAAUAAGUCAUCUUAUUUAGGCACAAAUGUUACAUAUUUGAGGAAAAAAUGCAGUUGAAUUCAUAAUACCACCAGUGUACAAUGUGAAAGUGGAACAUUCCAUUGGUGUCCUUUGAAGUCUCUAAAAGCAACUUCAGUUCAGCAAUUUGGUGACACUGGACUUGCAAAUUUUCUGGACUCUUGAAUGUCAUUUGAUUUAAUAAAUAAAAAGCAAAUUAAAACUG